CCCGCGCCUCUCCGCGCCCCCUGCCGGCCGGCCGCGGCAUUGCAGGCGGCAGCCGGGGACCCGCAUGGCGCGCGCGCUGGUGCUGGGCGCGGGGCUGAGCGGGAGCCUGGUGGCCGCGCUGCUGAGCAGGGGGGCGACGCGCCCGCUGCAGCUCGCCGUGUGGGACCAGGCCGCCGACUCAGGGGGAAGAAUGGUCACGGCCAGGAGCCCCCAUGAUCCCCGGUGUACAGUCGACCUGGGCGCUCAGUACAUUACCUGCACUCCUUAUUAUGCCAAGAAACACCACAGGUUUUAUGAUGAACUAUUAGCUUGUGGUGUUUUGAAGCCCCUGACUGCUCCCAUUGAUGGAAUGGUGACUAAAGAAGGUGACUGUAAUUUUGUGGCACCUGGAGGAAUUUCUUCCAUUAUUAAUCACUACUUGAAAGAAUCAGGAGCUGAGCUCUGCUUCGGACAGCGUGUGACGCACAUCAGCCUGAGGAACGGCACUUGGGAGGUCAUCUCGGAGUCAGGCUCCUCUGAGCAGUUUGACCUGGUCGUCCUGACUAUUCCGGUUCCUCAGAUUUUGCAGCUGCAAGGGGACAUCGUCCACCUGAUUAGUGAGAGCCAAAGACAACAGCUGGAGUCUGUGAGUUACUCCUCCCGCUAUGCUCUGGGCCUCUUCUAUGAAGCCGGCACAAAGAUCGAUGUCCCCUGGGCUGGGCAGUACAUCAGCUGUAAUCCCUGCAUCCGCUUCAUCUCCAUUGACAAUAAGAAGCGUGAUAUAGACUCACCGGAAAUUGGACCCUCUCUUGUGAUUCACACUACGGUCCCGUUUGGAUUGGCAUACUUGGAGCACAGGGCAGAGGAUGUUCAGGCCUUGAUCCUCCAACAGCUGGAAAACGUCUGGCCAGGUUUACCUCCACCAGUCGCGACUACGUGCCGGAAGUGGAGAUAUUCACAGGUUACAAAUGCUGUUACAAACGAUCCUGGCCAGAUGACUGUUCAUCACAGACCUUUCCUGGUGUGUGGAGGGGAUGGAUUUACUCAGUCCAACUUUGAUGGCUGCCUCACUUCUGCCCUGUGUGUUCUGGAAGCUUUGAAGACUCACAUUUAGUGUCUCUGUUUGUAUUCUCUACAUGGGCCUUGAGGUUUUGUUUUCACAACUUGAUUCUACUGAUUAUUUAGUUGUCUGUGUUGUUGAGAGAAAACUGGGAAAUUGUUCUUCACUUAAUGUCAUUCUUCAAAUGAAGUGCAAAAUCAAUUUUAUAAUUUCAGUAGACGACCCAUGACAGCAUGAAUAUUCCUUGUGCCUUAUGCCUUUUAAACCUCACUUAUUUUUCUGGAUUGCUGAAUCCUUGUUAGAGGAAACGCAAUGCUUUUCCUCAUAUGUGGGUUACAUGUGACCCUCUCAGCAAAUUCUAUCAAAUGAAAUGAACAAGUUUUGCUCCAAAAGUUGUGUUAAUAUUUUUAGAAUUCUUAUUCCCAAUAAAGAAUAAUCAUUAUCAAAAUUCAA